AUGGCAAGUCACUCGUACGACCAGUUCGACGACUACGAAGAACCAGACGGAGAAGCCUUAGCUGCAGGGAACAGGUCACUGGAAGAGCUUCAGCGUCUUUCUGCCUUUCAGCAGGUGACCACCAAGGUUCCCCCAUCUUAUGAUGGUAGAAGUAGCUGGUUUGCUUUCGAAGAUGCCGUAGACGACUGGUGUGAUAUCACAGAACUUGAACCAGAGAAGAGAGGACCCGCAUUGAGAAACAGACUUGAAGGUGAAGCUGCUAUCUACAAGAGAUUGCUUGAUCGAGAAGCUUUGAAGAACAAGGAAGAUGGAGUCAGGUACUUCAAGCGCUUCCUUAGGCCUUACUUCGUGAAGGGUGCAGCGAACGUUUUCCUCUACAGAUUCCAGCAGUUCAUGAACAUGCAUCGUGGUAGUGGUGAUAUGCUGAGGUGGAUGACAAGAUUCCAGCUGUCCUACCAGCGCAUGAACGAGUCAUGGAUGGACACUUUUGUUCCCCUAGUGAGUGAAAACGACCCCGUGGUGAGAGCCUAUGUUCUAAGACUACCUCAAGAAGAACAACAGGCAAUCACUCCCGAAGAAGCACUUCGCCGAGUCAACGAACAAGGGAGAGAAACACAUGGAAGAGCACUACCCAUCACAGCGAACCUCAUUGCCCUGCUGUUCGUGACCCUGUCAGACCUUACCCAAGACCAAAGACAAGUUCUUACUUCUCUUAUGGCGCGCAAGAACAGGGCACUCACAGAUUACAGAGUGGAUGAGCUGAGAACAGUGUAUUUGGAAGUGUUUUGCACCACGAAGACCACAGUAGACAACCCUCUUCUAGCACCCACAAGUGCUCCAGGAAGGAAAAGUUUUAUCGUCAUCGAUGAAGGUACCCUCGAUGAGAGCCAAGGCUACUGGUGCGAGGACGAGGAUGAUGGCGCAGAAGGCUUCCUGGACGCCUUUGAGGAUUGCUUCUGGGUCUACGACGAUGAGUCUUACACGUGGUUUCAGCGGAAGUUCCAAGGUCGUAAGUUGCGACGUGGAAAAGGAAAGGGCAAGGGCCGGAAAGGAAAAGGCAAGGGCCAUGGUGGCCGACGCUUUUUCAAACGCAAGAAAGGGAAGGCCCAUGCCGCCGAAGACGUCAGCGCUAGCGAGUGGCAUGAUUGGAGCUAUGAAGCCUGGACAGAAACUGAUUGGCAAGAAGGAGCUGACGACUCCUAUGCAGCCAAAGGUCGGAAAGGAAAGGGCAAAGGCAAGGGCAAGUUCUUCAAGGGAAAGGACAAGAAAGGAAAGGACGGCAAGGGCGACCAUGCCAAUGCCACCUCGGAAGCCCAGAGGACUGCUGCCUUGGCAGGCCCAGGUACUCCGGCCAUAGCUAACGCCUUUUGGGUGCAGCACCACAGUUUUGUGUCCGAAGCGGUUUACAAGCAGGACUCCAACGAAGAAGAUGUUCCCAAGUCUUUUUUGACACAUGCUUUGUCCCCUACCUCUAUGGUUUUGGACAUCGGUUGCACACGGGCUAUGACCUCGAGACAAGCAGCGAAAGAGUUCAUGGGUUUCGUGGACCAUCAUCCAGACUGUGGUUUGUGGUACGAGUUACGACCUACAAACAGUCAUUUCUCUUUUGCCAACAGCGAGAUGGCCCAGCGCAAGGAAAAGAUUGUGAUCUUCAUGUACGAUCUUUCCUACACGAUUCAGUCGACCGAAUUUGACAUCGUUGAUCAGGGCACAGUUCCCUUCUUGAUGUCGUUACCUCAGAUGAGGAACCUUCGCUUCAAGAUCUCGUUAGAGCCUGACGAAGCCCUUCUGUCAAGUUCAGUUCUGGGCAUGAAGAACCUUCCUUUGAAGGUUGCUCGAAGCUCACACUUGAUGCUCGAUCUUAUAGAUGUAGCCUGGCAUAUGUGGGGAGUUCGUUUCGAUGCACACAAGAAGGUGAGUUUCUUCAUGACGAACAAGCACCACUUCGAGUAUGGCUACAAGUUGGUCACGAAGGAAUGCUCCCCUCCAGGGGAGGAAUCCUCAGAAGCCUUGGUUGUGGAGGACGAAUGGCACUUGGACGAAGGCAACCAUCGUCUAAUCCGAGUUCACCGCAAGGAGCGAGUUCAGUCCUUUGCGCCAUCGAAAUACUCCCAUACCACUCGAGUACCUCGUAGAACCGUUUUCAAGAUUCUGCCAGGUGGCAUAGAGAAUCGCACCUCUGUGAAGGUGAGUACUCGGGGAAAAGGAGAGCUCUUUGGAGAUGAGGACGAAGACCCAUUUCCAGAGCUGAAGGGUAAGGGUGUCGAGACAACUAAAUGGGAUGAUCAGUACUCUCCUUCUGAAGCUCCAGUGGAGCAGCCAGAGCCGUCUCCAGAGUCUAAAGAAGACAAUGCGCCUGAGGAGCGCUUCGAUCCAGAACCUAGGCGUAUAGCGCUACCUCUUCCCGGGCAAGAAGUUGCCCGCUCUUCUCCGGCCUUUCGACGCAUGAUUGAAAAGCUACGAAGUGAUGUGGAGCUGUACAAGUUGCAUGUGAAGCACUACCACAUGAGUUCCGCGCAGACCAAUCAGGAGUUGCAACGCAUUGCUAUGCGAGCACAUCAAGAGGCAAGACAGGCCCAGGACCUUCGAAGCGACCUGGCUCGCCGAGUCAUGCCCUCAGAUGGUCCUUAUGUCAAGGGGGACAAGGUGUUUGUUUGGAUGAAGGAUGAGUCUAAGAUAAAGUCAGAAGGAGUAUGGGUUAGAGGCAAGGUCAUGGGACAGGAAGGUGCGAUGGUCAUUGUUCAUGUGCAUCAAGCCAUCCUUCGAGUGAAUCAGUCAAAGAUUCGUAGAGACCAUGACCCCUGGCAUGAUGUCCAUAUUCCUCUUGACAUGGACAAGGUACCAGGAGGCUCUCCACCGGGAGAGGAACCUGGUGGUUUGUUUUGUGAAUACGAGCCACAAUGUUGCGCUGAACACGAAAUUUGUUAUCACACGCACGGGGGAAGAUUUUGUGAUGUCCUUGAAAUCGCCCCAGGGCCUACGGGAAUCACGGCCUGUAUGGCUCGGCACGGGAACAGAAUCGGAGAGCCAGUUCACGUGGAAAGUUGGCAGCCAAAGGCGAUCCAGCAGAGUAUCGCCUCGGCAUGGAAAACUCUGUUGCAUGCGUCACCCACGCUUGUGGUGAUCAACCCAACGAUACCUGAUUCACUUGUGAGAAACAAGAAGGCCAUCAAGACUUACUGGCAUUUUUGUGCAGAAGUCGUUAGAUGGCAGGAUCAGAAUCAAGGUGAAGUUGCUGUCGUGGGGUUGACAGACCAGGGAUUUUUCACAUCACAGGCUGCUCGUUCACUUCACUGGAGAAUUGGCAUGUCGUCGAUUUGUUUCGGCCAAGACCAGGGAGCAACUCUCAUGACGAAUCUAGGACUCAGGGCGAUUGAAGGUCUUGCUCCUGGAACAGAGCUGGAGGUGAAUACCUCCACCACUCAGGAGGCUCAGUCGCUGAGAGGAGUCCUCAAAAACAUCAGGGCUUUGACACUUCCGUAUCUCGAGUUUGAGAAUUGCAAUGUCUACCGGGGGACUUUUGGUAAGGUUCUUCCUGUUAUUCAGAGACAUCCUGAUGCCGUCGUGAUCAUGUGGAAGUUAGGAGACUAUGAACAUGUGUUUUUCAUGAACCUCGCGCAGCUUAUCCCAUGUCUAAGGGACGUAGCGGUGUCAGGAUGGUCGUUGAUCGUGUUUUGGAAUGAGAUCGGUCCUCCCAGGAAAAGGAGAGGUCCAGACGUGUCCCUGGACUUUACCGAUCAGCCAGUUCCAGAUGCACCUCCACCAGGCGUGCCUCCUGGCACCUCUAGUGGAGAUGAUCCUGAAAAUCCUCUUGGAGGCGGUCCUCCAGGACCGGUACCGGGAUACCAGGACUACCAUGACACACCCGUGCCGGGUGAUAUGUCGUGGGAUGAGGAAGAGACUCAGCGUGGCCCUUCAGGGCCGGGACCUGAUGGCCCUCCAGAUGGAGCUGCAAUUCCGAUAGAUGUGGAUGGAGAUGACGGAGGAAAUCCUCCAGGACAGGGGGCCUUUCCGCCUGGAGGCGGUCCUCCAGGACCGGGACCAGGGUUCGGGCCUUCGCCUGAAGACUUCGAGGAUGGCGGAACUCCUAUGGAAGUUCAUAUGGAGCCGCCGCCUCCAGGUCCUCCGCCUGAACCGGCGCAUCCGAUUCCCGCAAGUGCGGCACCAAAACUGCGUUUCCCUGUUUACCCAAACAAGAUUCCGGAGGCCGCUGUGCCUCUUCCGGGUCAGCCGUUGCCGGAGAAAAAGGGAGAUCCGCAGGUUUCCGCUCCGUUUCCAGACGAGGAUGAGACAGAUCCGACCGCGUUUUCUUCACAGCCUAGCGGACCGCCAGGACUUCCCGUGGCGGAAGGAGAGUUUCCGAUUCAGCAAACUCCCGUCGCGCCUCCGGCUACGGACGCGCCAGUGCCGGACUCAGACUCAGACGAUAGCCAGGCGACGCGAGAUUACGGUGAGUCGUCUCUUGCUUCCUUGGUCGAGGGGGAGGAAGAUGUUCUUCUGGUCCUUCCUCACGAUUUGAGUCCGCCGCAGUGGGCUGUUUUUGAUGGUGAUGCGUUUGCGUCGUGGCUUACUAAGCAGGAUAAAAUUAAGGCUGGUACGAUCACUCGCAGCGUGAUUGUUCAGCUGCCUCCCGACAUUGGUUUGCCGCCUUGGAUGGUCGGUCUCUGUUUGCGGCCGGUGUAUGGCCUCAACGACGCGCCGCGUCGAUGGUGGAAUCGACUCGACAAGUUCCUGCGGACCAUCGGCCUGCAGCCCACAAGGGCAGACCGAUGCACCUAUGUAGGAUACGAAGGAGAGGAACCGCCAAUAGGAGACUUACCGGGCAUCAUCACAGAGUCUCCACUAGCUGCGUUGUUAUCUGCUUGUGAAGAACCGCCGUCUUCUCCCGACACCGCGGUAGAAAGGUCCUAUUUAGCAUACCCCGACAUUGCGCAAGCCUUUAAGACCAAGCACCUGGUUGAGUAUGACUGGAGGCCAGUCACUGAUAAAACCUUGCUUGACUUUCUUGGUGGCGUUGCCCACAAGAAGAGAGGCUGGUUCCCUUUCGAGAACGGCCAGGCCCUAGUGUCCCACAGGGCGAAGGCCUUGAGAGGUCCUGAACCGACCUAUAAGAUUAAGGAUUAUCCCUACCGGGUAUCUAUCACCUUGCGCCAAGGAACCUGGUGGGUGAUUGAAAAGGCUCAGGACCUUAGGAACAAGAACGAGCCGAGCUAUCUCGAGGAGGAGGCUGAAGUGCUCGUGACACUGUUCCUUCCUGAAAGGGCAGCCUACAAGGCCACAGAACAGCUUCCUCAGCUUACCCCUGAACUUGUAGAUCAGCUCUUAGAACACUUUGUUGAUCCUGUUCAUGGUAGCCCUAGUAAGCACAGGAAGUCGGUAGGAGUCCUCAGCCUUCAUGUUGAUGACCUGAUCAUCGCUGGAACCCCAAGUUUCCUGAAGUGGUUCUUGGCUAGGGUCAAGGAACAUUUCACCAUUGGACAUGAAGACAAAAAUGAUCUUAUGUUCACUGGUCAGAGGGUUCGAUGGGUUGUUGACGACAAGGGCAGUAAGAAGUACAUCUCAAUUGAUCAGAAGUUGAGCGUCUCAGAGCUCGAAGAGAUCGUCAUCCCCAAACACUUGAAGGACACUGAUGUGUGUGACAAACAACUUCACACCUCCUACAGGUCUUUGCUAGGUAGUAUCAACUGGUUGCAGUCCAGGACUCAGUUUCAGGCUUGUUACUCAUUCUCACGUCUCGCAUCGGCCUCAGCUGCACCUACGGUUGGUCACUGUAAGGAGCUGAACAAGCUCUGUCGACAAAUCAGGAGUGAAGAGGUGGAGCUUAGGAUUUGGCCAGUCCAAGGCACACCUCGCAUCCUCGGCAUUCCAGAUGCUGCUUUCAGAAACAACAGUGACAAGUCCUCACAGAGAGCGAUGACAGUGUUUAUCGCCGAUCAAAGGGUAAAGAAUCGUAGGGACACCAGAGGCUCCCUGAUUUUCUUCGAAUCCACUAAGAUCAAGAGGACUACCUUGAGCACGACAGUUGCUGAGCUGUAUGCCUUGAUGAAGUGUUUCGGCACCUGUCAGAUGCUAAGGGGUUUGUGGAAGGACAUCAGUGGUCUAGAUGCCGAGAUCCAUAUGCGAACUGAUGCAAACAAUUUGGUUACAACUGCUUCAACCACUCAUGCCCCUGAGCAACAAGAAACCAUACACAUGAUACAGAUGCUUCGAAAGGAAGCCUGCUCUGGGGCCAUUGCGGACCUCUCACAUGUGCGCACAGAACACUGUCUGGCGGAUUGCUUGACGAAACGGUCUGCCAAAUCCACCAAUUUGGUUCAGUCAGUUCAAAAGGGCUGGCUGAAGGAGAUAGAUGCUCACCCUCCCUUUAGGUCUCUUUUGGAACACAAAGCUUUUCUGAGCGCCUGGCUCCGGAAGGAGCUGUCGGGUUUUCAGUUUUGCAGCAAGGUGUGUUUCAUGAUCAGUUCUUGUGAAAAGAAAGACUGA